AUGGAUUGGUUCGGACGGGCCAGUAUCAACUUCACAACGUCGCCAAAAUCUCUCGGUCUGAAGGAGAAAGACGGCAAAGAGACGGACUUGCUCAAAGUAUGCAAGUCCACAGUCCCGUCAUGCCAGCUAAACCCGUUACUCUUCAACGGGCACGCCCAGACGAUGUGGACGGCCGCCAAAGCCCACGGCCCGCCGCUACACUACAAGCGGAAGAUCUUCGAGGCAGACCACGCUGAGUUCAACGGCAGUUUUGUCGUGGAUUUCGCUGUGACGGAUCCCUCGCUUAAGGAGGAGGCUGAUGAGACUCUGCCCCCGCGGACGGCGUAUUUCACCGAGGACGAGCUCUCGACUCUAGGGUCGGACGAUGAUAGGCCUAUGCUUGUCAUUCUCCACGGCUUGUCAGGUGGCUCGCAUGAGGUGUACCUCAGAUAUGCUAUUGCACCGUUGAUUGACAGUGGGAAGUGGGAGGCCUGUGUCGUCACUUCGAGGGGUUGUGCUAACAGUAAGAUUACUACGGGAUUGCUCUACAACGCGCGUGCUACCUGGGAUGUUAGACAAACUAUCAAAUGGCUCACAAAAACAUAUCCUAACCGGCCCCUAUUCGGCCUAGGCUUCUCACUCGGGGCCUGCAUUCUCACAAACUAUCUCGGCGAAGAAGGCUCCGCAACCCCUCUCAAAGCUGCCGUCGUAGUAGCUAACCCCUGGGCUCUACACAUAUCAUCCAAGAUGCUUCAAAGCUCAUUUAUCGGACACCACAUAUACCAACGCGUUCUCGGCGACUCAAUGAGAGCCCUCUCAUCGCGGCAUAAGGAAGAGCUUGACAAGUACACCAAUAUCGACACAGACCACCUACUCAGCCUCAAGUACCUCUAUGAAUUCGACAGAGCUUAUCAGUGCCCUACGUGGGGGUACCCUACAGAAGAGGCGUACUAUAGAGACGCGUCGAGCUCAGACUCGUUGCUAGCCGUACGAAUCCCGCUUCUCGCACUCAACGCCGAAGACGACCCGAUUGCCUCGCGACUAGCACUUCCGUACGCCGAGGCGUCGACGAAUCCGUACACGGUGCUGUGUACGACUUCGCUUGGUGGGCACUUGGGGUGGUUCGAAAUUGGCGGAGGGCGAUGGCAUGGAAAGCCCGUUUGUAAUUUCCUCAAUCAUAUGGCAUUUGAGGUAGACUUAAACAGCAUAAACGACUACGCCUACGGAGAACGAACUUACGGAAAUCCUAAACAUGGAACUAGUUAUGAUCCCACACGACGUAAGAUGCACGUAAAACUCAACCGAUAA